UUUUAAUUGAAAAUUUUUCAGAGAUGCAAUGAUUGCUAAUUCACCAAAUAAUCUACCUCUUGUCCUUCUAGCGUUUUCCAUAUUUAUCGUCUGCUGCAAUGCUAAGUUUUCGGAUCACAGAUGUAAGUGCGAGUGCCAGGCAUCACCGGAAGACGGAUAUGAUCGUCCUUUCAAUCUCAUCCGAGUGAUCAGCUCGGACAAAUGCAAAUGCCAGGAGAUGUUUGGAGAGAACUGGCUGAGCAAACGGGAAGCCAAUGACUCAUACUUACAGAAACAGUUCGACUACUGCAACAAUAAGUGUCAAUGUGUGUUUGAGACCAGGAAUACAUUUACAAUUAAGUUUAUAGUUACUUUAAUCAUAGUGGUGUUGACACUUCUGGGGCUGUAUAUGGCGUAUCUUUUAUUUUUGGAUCCGUAUGUGACAAAGAAGUUGUACUCCAUGCGUUCUGGAAUAGUGAUGGAAAACAGACAGGGACCAGGAGGAAGUGUUAUAACAGAGGAGGAUUCGAGGAGACCUUCGUCUUCAUCAGGAGGUCCAAUCCGGCAGAGACCUCUUUUGGCACAUGUGUCAGACGUGCAUUCAGAGUGGAAGGAAAAGGUGGAGGAACAGAGAGAUACUGUGUACAACAGACAAGCUGUCCUGUCAUAAUGCACGCAAAGUGUCAUGUAAAAUCCAAAAAGGCUGAUAUCUCAAAAGUACAACAUCAUCUAGUUAAUGAGUGUUUAUAUUGUUGUAUGGCGUCAAUUUUAGAUAUUUGGCAUAUAAUUAUAGAUGUUUUCUUGCGAAAUUUAUAUUGAAAAUUCGCAAUUUGCAGGAAACCUUGGAAAUUCA